UCGGGGUUCGCCCGCCAACGUCGCUCGGCUUGUUGGGGCUGGGCUCUUCUUCGCGGAAGUGGGUAGGAGGCGGUUGCGGUCAGCUGAGUGUCCUGGGCUCGGCCGGGGCGGGUAGGGCUGCUGUUGCCGCCAUGGCCGAUGCCGAUCCCCGGUACCCUUGCUCCUCAAUCGAGGAUGACUUCAACUAUGGCAGCAGCGUGGCCUCCGCCAGCGUGCACAUCCGAAUGGCCUUUCUAAGAAAAGUCUACAGCAUCCUUUCUCUGCAAGUUCUCUUAACUACAGUGGCUUCAACAGUUUUUUUAUACUUUGAGUCUAUACGGACAUUUGUACAUGACAGUCCUGCCUUAAUUUUGCUGUUUGCUCUUGGAUCUCUGGGUUUGAUUUUUGCAUUGAAUUUAAACAGACAUAUAUAUCCCCUUAACCUGUACCUGCUUUUUGGAUUUACACUAUUGGAAGCUCUAACUGUGGCAGUUGUUGUUACUUUCUAUGACGUACAUAUUAUUCUGCAAGCUUACAUACUGACUACUGGAGUAUUUUUUGGUUUGACUAUGUAUACUCUGCAAGCUAAGAGGGAUUUCAGCAAAUUAGGAGCAGGGCUGUUUGCUUUUUUGUGGAUUUUGUGCUUGUCAGGAUUCUUCAAGUUAUUUUUUUAUAGUGAGACAGUGGAGUUGGUCUUAGCUGCUGCAGGAGCCCUUCUUUUCUGUGGAUUCAUUAUCUAUGACACACACUCACUGAUGCAUAAACUGUCACCUGAAGAAUACAUAUUAGCUGCUAUCAGCCUCUACUUGGAUAUCAUCAAUCUAUUCCUGCACCUGUUACGAUUUCUGGAAGCAGUAAACAAAAAGUAAUUAAAAGCAUCUCGGCUCAACUGAAGAAUAAAAAUAAUUUUUUUUUUAGUGAGAAUAAAAGGAUUAAAAACGUAAUUGUAGCAGUAUAUAGAAACUUCCAUUAAGUAAUAAAGUUUCAGACAAUGAUUAAA